AUGAAAUUCAAUAAACUCCUGGAUAUACUUAAAGAAAGGUUCGACGUCCAAAAGAUGCCGGAUGGCACAUAUGUAGUUUCAAGCGGCGAUAGGCGCAUCAGGAUUCGCGAGGAGGAGCUCCCCGGCCAGUUCAAUGUAAACAAACUUCUCCAAGAGCUCGGCACAUCCACAGAGCACUUCGGGCACAUCGGAAGAGACGACCUGUUUCCAGACACCAGGGAGGUUGACAUCGAAAGGAUAGGCAGAAGACAUCCAAAAGGCUCUUUCAUGGACCCAAGCGCCUUUUAUCCUCCCUCUAGACAGUCUCCAGAGGACGAGAGUUCAAACCAGCUGAUCAAAAUAGACCCAAUAACUCCUGGAAACAAGAGGGACAGCUUUGAGCCAGAUCCAGACCAUUACAAUCCAGGCGGAAAUGGCCGCUUUCCUCCCCAUUAA